AUGUCCGCAGCAGAAGCGCUAUCACAAGGCGCCCUUGACGUGAUCUUCAACGAUCCCGACAAGGCCACCAAGCUCUUCCCCGUACCAGUUCUCCAAUGCCUUCAGGUCAAGCAGAUGGCUCCUUCAGCCCAGGGAGGAGACCGCUUCCGACUUGUCAUGAGCGAUGGCCAGCACUACGUUCAGACUAUGCUUGCCACCCAGGCCAACCACGUCGUUCACGAUAACAAGCUGGUUCGUGGCUGCUUUGCACGAAUCAAACAAUAUACACCCAACAACCUGAAGGGCAAGAACAUUCUCGUUAUUCUCGACAUCGAAGUCAUCGAAUCUUUAGGUAUCCAAGAGAAGAUUGGGGAACCGUCUGCCUUUGACGCAAAGCCAGCUGGCCAGGAGAGCGCCAUUGCUGGUGGCGAUUUCUAUGGUGCCAAGAAGGAGGAGUCCAAGACACAACCUCAGCAAUUCCAAGAACAGCAACAGUCGAUGCCCUCAAGACCCGCCAUGCACGCUGGUAGUAACAUCUACCCUAUCGAGGGUCUGUCGCCUUUCGCACACAAGUGGACUAUCAAGGCCCGAGUCACCGCUAAAUCCGACAUCAAGACAUGGCACAAGGCUACUGGAGAGGGUAAACUUUUCAGUGUCAAUCUGCUCGAUGAGAGCGGUGAGAUCAAGGCGACCGGUUUCAACGACCAGUGCGAUGCUCUCUACGACCAACUGCAGGAAGGCUCCGUCUAUUACAUCUCUACCCCUUGCCGAGUACAAUUGGCAAAGAAGCAGUUUUCCAACCUUCCCAACGAUUAUGAGCUCACGUUCGAACGCGAUACCGUUGUUGAAAAGGCAGAGGAUCAGACCAACGUUCCUCAGGUGAGGUUCAAUUUCUGUUCGAUUCAAGAACUUCAGAGCGUGGAGAAGGACAACACCGUCGAUGUUAUUGGUGUACUGAAGGAGGUCGGUGAGAUUGGAGAUAUCACAUCCAAGAAGGACGGACGACCGUUCCAAAAGCGAGAAUUGACCCUUGUGGACGACACCGGCUUUUCAGUUCGCGUCACCAUCUGGGGCAAGAACGCCAAUUCUUUCGACGCCGCCCCCGAGUCUGUCGUGGCUUUCAAGGGUACCAAGGUGUCUGAUUUCGGUGGAAAGAGUCUCAGUCUUCUUUCUUCCGGCACAAUGACUGUCGAUCCCGAUAUUCCUGAUGCUCACAGGCUGAAGGGCUGGUACGACUCUGCUGGUCGAACAGACACAUUUGCCACUCACCAGAACAUGGCGUCUGUGGGUAGUGCUACUGGACGAAAGGAGGACUUGAAGACCAUUGCGCAAGUCAAGGACGAAAACCUUGGCAUGGACGACCAGGCCUACUACACAAUCAAGGCCACUAUCGUUUUCGUCAAGCAGGAGAACUUUUGCUAUGCCGCUUGUUUGUCCCAGGGCUGCAACAAGAAGGUUACACAGAUGCCUGAUGGCACAUGGCAAUGCGAGAAGUGCAACCUUUCUCACGAGAAGCCUGAGUACCGAUACAUUCUCUCACUGAACGUUGCCGAUCACACCAGCCACCAAUGGCUCACCGGCUUCGACGAUUUUGGCCGACAAGUCAUGGGUCGAACAGCUGACGAGAUGAUGGAGCUGAAGGAGAACGACGACACCAAGCUCACAGCGGCCUUUGAGGAAGCUAACUGCAAGAAGUUCACCUUCCGAUGCAGAGCAAAGAUGGAUAACUUUGGCGAGGCUCAAAGGAUACGAUACCAGGUUAUGAGCGUGACGCCUUUAGAUUUCAAGUCUGAAGGCACCAAGCUUGACGAGCUGAUCAAGCAGUACGAGAACACCUCGAUGUAA